GCCAUCGUCAUCAUCUGUACGCACGGCGGCGACAGCAGCUCCUGGAUCGGCCUGGACGGGUAUAUCCCAUCGCUAUUCUCUCUCUCUCUCUCUCAAUGCGAAGAGAGAGAAAAACACUCACAGAGAGCAGCAGACUAUCGGCCAUCUCCUGCAAGAAAGUCCCUCUGGAAACCCCCGAUGGAUUAAUCUGAUUUAUCUGCGAAAGUAGAGAAUGGGCUGUGUCCAAUGUAAGGAUAAAGAAGCAGCAAAACUCACUGAUGACCGGGAGACCAGCGUCUCACACAACUCGGGGUACCGCUAUGGGUCCGACCCGACGCCGCAGCACUACCCCAGCUUCGGGGUCACCACCAUCCCCAACUACAACAACUUCCACAGCGGCGCCACACAGGGGGUGACCGUGUUCGGAGGAGUCCACUCGUCCUCGCAGUCUGGGACGCUUCGGUCUCGGGGAGGAACAGGGGUGACUCUGUUUGUGGCUCUUUACGACUACGAAGCCAGGACCGAGGAUGACCUCAGCUUCAGAAAGGGGGAGAGAUUCCAGAUCCUCAACAGCACUGAGGGCGACUGGUGGGAGGCUCGCUCUCUCACUACAGGUGGAACUGGUUACAUUCCCAGCAAUUACGUCGCUCCAGUGGACUCAAUCCAAGCUGAGGACUGGUAUUUUGGUAAAUUAGGCCGAAAGGAUGCAGAGAGACAGCUGCUCUCCAACGGCAACGCCAGAGGCACUUUCCUCAUCCGUGAGAGUGAAACAACCAAAGGGGCCUACUCUCUCUCCAUCCAGGACUGGGAUGAUGUCAAGGGAGACCACGUCAAACACUAUAAGAUUCGCAAGCUGGACAGCGGAGGCUACUACAUCACCACCAGGGCCCAGUUUGAGACCCUCCAGCAGCUAGUGCAACACUACUCUGCCAGGGCUGCAGGGCUGUGCUGCCGGCUGAUCGUGCCGUGCCACAAAGGCAUGCCUCGUCUGACUGACCUGUCCGUCAAAACCAAAGACGUGUGGGAGAUCCCGCGGGAGUCGCUGCAGCUCAUCAAACGUCUCGGCAACGGCCAGUUUGGGGAGGUCUGGAUGGGCACGUGGAACGGCACCACCAAGGUGGCGGUGAAGACUCUGAAGCCCGGCACCAUGUCGCCCGAGUCCUUCCUGGAGGAGGCUCAGAUCAUGAAGAAGCUCCGACAUGACAAGCUGGUGCAGCUCUACGCCGUGGUGUCCGAAGAACCCAUCUAUAUCGUCACCGAAUACAUGUGCAAAGGGAGUUUGCUCGACUUCCUUAAAGAUGGAGAAGGGCGAAGCCUCAAACUGCCAAAUCUGGUGGACAUGGCAGCUCAGGUGGCAGCAGGCAUGGCAUAUAUUGAGAGGAUGAACUACAUCCACAGAGACCUGCGCUCUGCCAACAUCCUAGUCGGAGAAAGUCUGGUGUGUAAGAUCGCUGACUUUGGUCUGGCCAGGCUCAUCGAGGACAAUGAAUACACAGCAAGACAAGGUGCAAAGUUUCCGAUAAAGUGGACUGCUCCUGAGGCGGCUCUCUACGGGAAAUUCACCAUCAAGUCGGACGUGUGGUCGUUUGGCAUCCUGCUGACGGAGCUGGUGACCAAGGGCAGAGUGCCCUAUCCAGGCAUGAACAACCGCGAGGUGCUGGAGCAGGUGGAGCGAGGCUACCGGAUGCCGUGCCCGCAGGACUGCCCCUCGUCCCUGCACGAGCUCAUGGUGCAGUGCUGGAAGAAAGACCCAGAGGAGAGGCCCACCUUCGAGUACCUGCAGGCCUUUUUGGAGGACUACUUCACUGCCACUGAGCCUCAGUACCAGCCAGGGGAUAAUCUCUGAGCGCCGCUGCCCCCUCAUCUCAUGUCAUUUCACCGGCUCUCCACCAGAGAGAGCCAGACUUCACCUCUUCUCUCUCAUCCUGUGGCCGUAACAAUUCAAAGCUCAUUGACUGACUUCUUGACUUCCAAGCUUCAGACAAAACAGGGACGGCUGCUGCUCUGACAGCAUACUGACUAUCAAAUCAAAGGAUGUUUCGGAGGCGGGCGCUGAGAUGAGGAUUUGAGGAGUUAAAAAUGACUGCCAUGGAUGAACGAGAUGAGUUGUGUUGUGUAACUUGUAUGUAGUGUAAAUAUGAAUUGCUUGUUUACUUAUCUCUUUUUUGUUUCAUUUUAUAUUACUUUUGAUAUUUUGGAAAUGUGUGGAUUUUUUCUUUUUAACCCAAGGUCAAAGUUAUUUCAGAUUUACGGCUCGUAGAAAACCGUGUGAGGCUCACAGUUGGUAACAAAUCGUGACAUAAUAAUUGUAGGAAUGGUAAUAGUUAGAUAUCGUGGACCGAAGCAUCUCAGAAAUUUUUCUGGGAGUCCACUGACCUUUUUUACGAGGUGAAUAUAAGGAUACUGCUCUCCUCUUCUCAAGGAACUUAGAUGUACUAUAACACCUGUUCUUGCCUUUUCAUGUUUAGUAAUACUCUUAUAAUGUAAGGGAAUGCCUUCAUGCUUUCUACACACUAACUUAGUGCAUCAUGGACUCUUCCACUCAAACUUGUAUGGCAUCUGCACUAAUAUUAAGUGCAUUCAUCGCAUUUCAGCUUCAGCCAAUGAUUUCUAGAUCGGCUUAAAGUGACUUUUAGUUCAGCUUCUUGUAGUUGAAAAGGAGGCUGACGUUCUCUCCAACUGCAACCAUUGUUCGGCUGACUGCUUAUUAUACUGGCAAUAUUUUAAAAUGUAUGUUGCAUUAUUGUAUGGCAGCAGGCUGUGUAAGAACUCUUGUCUUUUUCGCUUCAACAGCCAAACAAACAAACAAACUGCCACUUACACGACGGGAAUGAAGGAAGUGACCUGUGUUUGUCCCUCCAUAAUGUGUAUCUGGGAAUAACAUGUUGUUUACGAGACCAAACAUGUUUAUUUCACUGUAUUAUUUUGCUAAGCAUUUCAGCCACAGUCUUACGUGUUGUUAAGAUUACAUAAUUCUGUGAUUUUUUUUAAUUUUUCUUUCCCCAGGGAAAUCUGCAGCUCUGGAUAACAUGUUAUCACCUUUCUCUCUGUGUGCAUUCCAGGACAAAACACCAUUUCUGUGCGUAUUUAAGUUGCUUUUCACGGGGUGGAAAAGUGAGCAAAUACUCGUUUUUGCAUCACUUAGUUUGCCCUAAUUCAGUAGAUAUACAGAACAUGUUUUGGGUCUCUGCAUUAUUUAUUGUCUCUGUCUGUUACUUGUACACAUCUGGUUUUGAAAUAAACAAAUCUUGCCACCACCGUA